UACAAAUUAUUAUAAAACCUUAGAAGGAUUGCUUUCGUUCAAAUAAAUAUUUGGAUUAAUAUUUGAUCUAAAACAAAGAGAUAUUUAAACACAAAAAAAAUAAUACAUUUCUGCGUUUCCCUUAAAUUUUGUAAUAUUGUCGUUUUGUGUAACUAACCUUAACUGUCUGACUGCUUUUUACACUUGCCAACAUAACUCUAGAAAUGCUGACCUGCUGUAUGGAAACGUGCGAGUUCAACAACUUGAUCACUUCUGAUCAGAGUGUUCAGUGCUGGUUAUGCGACAAACAUGCCCAUUUCAAGUGUGCUGGACUAUCUGAUCGUGUCCUAGGCUUAAUCGAAAUGAAAAAUGGGCUCAAAUGGUCCUGUAAGGACUGCAGAAUGAUUAAAUCUGAAAUGGGAACUUUUAUUCGUCAAACACGUAUGGAAAUAAAUGAGCUCUUUAGAGAAUUUCGAGUCGUUCAUGAUAAGUGUUUGAAGCUGGAAUCAGCCUUUUCAUCUAUUAAGAUGCUUAGUGAUCCUGCAUUUGGAGAAGUACCGUGUGCAAACAAAAGUAUUUGUGAUGGGAAUCCCAUUACUAAAAGGGUGUCAUUGGAUAUAAGCCAGAAUGUUCCUGCCACUUUGCCGGUCUCCUCAGUGAAAAAAAAGCCCCAUGCUGCUUUACCUAUACCAGAAAUCCUAACUGCGGUUCCUCCGAUGAAGGCUGUGUUCGUAUCUAGACUUAUACCCUCAACUACUGAAGAUGCCCUUAAACAUUACGUAGUUAGCAAACUUUCUCAUCCCGAUUCAGAUGACAUCCAUAUCAGAAAAAUUUAUAACAAGCAAAGGCGAAAGAUCUCAUCGUUUAAAAUCCUUUUACCUGAUCCGCUAUAUAGCCAGAUAUUAAGUCCUGAUUUUUGGCCUGAACAUAUCGUUGUCCACGAGUUCAUAAACAAAAAUGAUGUUAAUACCAAAUAA